AUGAAUUACACAGAUAAAGAAUCAGAAUCCCUUAAAUCUCUUCCAACUAAAGAUUAUGAUCUUUAAGAUACAGACCUAGAAGACAUAAAUCACUUCCUUCCAGAAUAAGAAUUCUGUAGUCAUAAAAUAGCCAAGCAUAAAUUUGUUAUUGGAAUUUCUAAACCAGGAUAAUAGAGAAUUGGCUUAUAAACUAUAGAAAAGAAUAAAAUCACUGUUAAAGGCAUACUAGGAAUACAUAAAUAUUCAUGA